AUGGUAGACUUAAUCAAAUCAAAAUGUAAUAAUAUCUACUACUCUUUAGCCAAUAAAGCCAUAGACAAGUCAACUCUGUUCAACCAUAAACGUGGGCAAAAUAAACCAGAUGAAGAGCUCGAGUUCUCAGUAAUCACAUCAGGAGCUUCGUUUCUAACCAGAGACAUCAAAUUCACGAGCCAAGAAUCUCUCCCUCCUCUCCGUACAUCUUUCUACGAUCUCAUCACAGCUUUCCCAGAUUACUUGCAGACGAACCAAGCAGAUCAUCUCCGAUCCAGUGAGUACCAAAACCUCUCCUACUUAUCUGGCCACGUUCUGUUAAACCACACCGGUCAGCAACAACCCUUGUUCUCUUACUCCCAGUUUCGAGAAAUCUCGGAAUCAGAAUCCGAUUCAAAUUCUUCCCUCUUUACCUUGGCUUGCAAGCCAGUGAGCUCCGGUAAGGAACUGUUAUCACUCGCCGGCGAAGAAUCUCUGUUUCAGACGAGGAUGAGGAAAAGAAUCACGAGUUUUAUGAAUCUUGACGAAUCGGAAUACCACAUGAUACUAACUCAAGACCGUUCCUCUGCUUUCAAGAUUCUAGCUGAACUCUACUCUUUCAAAACAAAUCCCAAUCUUCUCACAGUCUACAACUACGAAGACCAAGCAGUCGAAGAAAUGAUAAAAAUCUCAGAGAAAAAGGGCAUAAAGCCCGAAUCAGCAGAGUUUUCGUGGCCGAGCACAGAGAUUGUGUCGGAGAAACUGAAGAGGAAACUCUCGAGGAGUAAGAGAAGAAGAGGGAAAGUAGAUAAAAGAGGACUCUUUGUGUUUCCCCUUCAAUCUCUGGUCACAGGAGCUUCGUAUUCUUAUUCGUGGUUGAGUUUAGCUCACGAAAACGAAUGGCACGUGCUGCUCGAUACCUCUGCUUUAGCUUCCAAAGACAUGGAGACUUUAGGACUUUCUCUGUUCCAACCAGAUUUCCUCAUCUGUUCCUUCACAGAGGUUUUAGGGAAAGACGAUCCUUCCGGUUUCGGUUGCUUGUUCGUAAAGAAAUCCAGCUCUCAGGCUCUGUCAGAAUCCCCGGAACUCGUCACGAAUCCGGCGAAUCUCACGGCCGUAAAAGCUGAACCAGCUUGGAAAACAGAAAAUGACGAAAUUACCCUCUGUUUGGACCACGAGGACCACAACAAGGCGUCUACUUCUGCUACUGAUAUAAUUGAAAUCGAAGAAGAGGAUAGAGCAAUUAUUGAGUUUCGAGGUUUAGAUCACGCGGAUUCUCUGGGGCUGAUACUGAUCAGUCGAAGGUUAAAGUCGUUGACUUUGUGGCUGGUUCGAGCCUUGACGAGCCUGAAACACCCAGGCUCUCACCAGCCAGAGACGCCUCUGGUCAAAAUCUGCGGACCCAGGACGAGACCGAACCGAGGACCGUCGAUCUCGUUCAACAUUUUCGACUGGCAAGGAGAAAAAGUCGAUCCUUCGACGGUGGAGAAGCUCGCGGAGAGGGAGAAGAUCGGUUUGCGAUGCGCGUAUUUGCAGAAGAUUAGGAUCGGAAAAAACAAGAGGAGAAGCGACGAUGAGAGACAGAACCUGAGCCUGAGAGUGUCGGUGGUGAGUGUUAGGUUAGGGUUCAUGACGAAUUUCGACGAUGUUUUUAGGGUUUGGGGAUUUGUGUCGAGGUUCUUGGAUGCGGAUUUCGUCGAGAAAGAGAAGUGGAGAAAGAAAGCUCUUGAGAAAAUCAAAUGA